AUGGCUCGGACGAGGACAACCUCCGCAAAACCUCCAACCUCCGCAAAACCUCCAUGUUUGGGUAAAGGAGGUCCACCGACCCUAAGCGAAUUACGCAAAAUGGUGAGGAGGCGGCAAGAGAAAGUGAAAGCCGACAACGACACAAGUGAUGACGAUACAAAUGUGGAGGUGAACAUCGAGGAAAAAGAGAAGAAAGAGAUUCCAAAAGACCAAGAGGAGGAGGAAGAAACGGACCACGAGAAGGAUGAAGUAAAAGACCAAGAGGAGGAGAAUCCGAAAGACCAAGAGGAGGAGGAAGAAAAGGAACAAGAGGACGAGGAAUUUGAGGACCAAGAGGAGGAGAAAGAAAAGGAACAAGAGGAGGAGGAAGGUGAGGAACUUGAGGAGGAGGAAAAUGAGGAACAAGAGGAGGAAGAUGAUGAGGAACAUGAGGAGGCGGAAGAUGAUGAUGAACAGGAGGCAGAAGACGAUGAUGAAUAG